AUGCCAGCAGCUUCAUCCGCCGCCAAGGAGCCUUCGCUGAAGAGUCUUCAGACUAAACUUCGUGCACAUCUGGAUCUGUUUAAAACAAUUGUUGCGUUUGUGGAUACACUUGCUGAGGUUACUUCAAUCGAACGUAUCCAGGUGCGUUUAGCUAAGCUAGACGAACUGUGGGACAAAGUGAAUGCUGUCUUGGUGGACAUUGAAACUCAUGGAGAAUACACGUUGACACCGGAGAAUAGCCCCUCCCAGGUUCGCUUAGACUGUGGAGAAUCCUAUUACGAUGCGAAGGCAACAAUGCUGGAAAAAAUUAAGGAGUUAGAACAGGAAACAACAAUUGCACACCAAUCUACGAGACUUCAUGAUUCUUCGAUGCAUCCGACUACGGAACACGUCAAGCUACCACAAAUCAAAUUACAACUUUUCGAUGGAAAUGUGGACGAGUGGCUUAGCUUCAGGGAUUUAAAUUUAUCUUUAAUCCAUACCAAAGCAGAUUUACCAGACAUCGAAAAUGCCAACUAUCCAAUUGCGUGGGAAUGUCUAAUGAAACGUUACAACAACAGCAAACUUUUAAAACGACGGCAGGUGAAUACGCUUCUAAAGUUGCCAAGCGUUUCAAGAGAAUCUGUAACGGAAUUGCAGUGUCUACUAGAGGGUUUCGAGCGAAUUGUACAAACACUAGAUCAAUUAGUGAAGGUCGAAGAAUACAAGGAUCUACUACUACUCGAGAUUCUAUGCAGCAGACUUGAUCCAACUACCCGACGCGCGUGGGAAGAAUUCACAGCAGGCAAUGAGCAGGAUAAGAUUUCGGAUUUGAUGCAGUUCAUCCAGAAGAGGAUUUCGGUUCUAUGUUCCCUACCCAACAAAAUAUCCGAAAGUCGACCAGAAUACGUUAAAAGGCAAUAUGGAAUACGAACUAGCCACAACGUCACGCGCAUAUCCAAGGGUCGCUGCGUCGCGUGCUCAGAUACCCAUCCGCUCUUCAUGUGCCAGACUUUCAGGAAGAUGCCGAUAACGGAAAGGGAUAGAUUGGUUCGAACAAACUCGCUUUGCAGAAAUUGCUUCCGAAAUGGACACAUGGCUUCGGAGUGUAUGUCGAAAUUCGUAUGCCACAACUGUAAGGGUAAACACCACACGUUAAUCUGCUUUCGCUCAGAAGGGGCAACUGCCUCCAAUUCCGGCACUAUGAGGAGAAAUUCUAGAAAUUCAGAACCACCAUCGACGGAAACAGUCGCAUCUAAUAUUGCACGGCGAUCAGCUUCAACAGUGCUUCUAGCAACAGCCGUAGUUUUGGUAGAGGACAACAAUGGAUUCAGCUAUCCUGCCCGAGCAUUGCUGGACUCCGGGUCGGAGUGCAAUUUUAUGGCGGAGCAUUUGUGUCAAAGGUUAGGUGUCUGCCGACAGCGCUCGAACGUUUCAGUAAUGGGAAUCGGCCAAUCAACUUCCGAAGUCAAGCAUCAAGUCACUGCGAUUAUCAAGUCUCGAAACGAAAGCUACAAACAACAAAUGGACUUCCUGGUUUUACCGAAGGUGACAGCGGAUCUACCAACAGCAGACAUUAUUUUUUCCGAACUACGUUUACCAGCGGAGAUCGAAUUAGCAGACGCCAACUUCUUCCAAUCCAAUGCAAUCGAUCUGAUCUUAGGCAUCCAACAUUUCUUUGAAUUCUUCCAAUCUGGUCAACGGAAAUCGCUAGGAGAUGGAUUACCAGCUAUUACAGAAUCCGUUUUUGGCUGGGUUAUUACUGGUGUAGUACAAAACUGGAGGCAAACUUCAAAGACCAUCUGUAAUACAGCUAGUUCGAUACCUUUGGACGAAUAUCUAAGUCGUUUUUGGUCCUGCGAGGAAAUAGGCUCGGUUCACAAAUAUUCACCCGAAGAAAUGCGCUGUGAGGAGUUUUUCGUCAAGACGGUUCGCAGAGAAACUGAUGGUCGAUAUACAGUUUCUCUUCCAAAGGAUGGGAAUGUCAAUUCCAGAUUAGGCGAGUCAAGGGACAUCGCAUUCCGACGUUUGCAAUACCUAGAGCGCAGAUUGGAUCGUGAUUCUAGCCUGCGUGAAGAGUACAACCGAUUCAUUCAGGAAUAUUUACAACUUGGCCACAUGCGAUUGGUAGAGGAAACCCGAGAGGACAGUUCAAAACGUUGCUAUCUCCCUCAUCAUCCUAUAAUUAAAGAAGCUAGCACAACAACAAAACUUCGAGUGGUUUUCGACGCGUCAAGCAAAACUUCAAGCAAACUAUCGCUGAAUGAUGUAUUGCUAGCAGGACCCGUCAUACAAGAUGAUCUAAGAGCAAUUGUCCUACGGUGCAGAACGAAACAAAUAAUGAUUGUUGCUGAUGUGGAAAAGAUGUUCCGUCAAAUCAAGGUGUUCGAAGACGAUAUGGCUCUACAAAGCAUCCUAUAG